GUCUCCAGAAUGGCAGGGGAUAUCUCCCAGUGACAGGUCAAAUCUGGGUCUGAUACAGCGGGAUGAUGGAGAAUUCUGGAUGGAUUUUGAGGAUUUCCUGGCCAAUUUCGACUCUCUAUACAUUUGUAAUCUCACCCCUGAUUGCCCGCUUGAUGUUCCACGGAAGUGGGAGGUCACAGAGCAUUCUGGGAGAUGGAUUAAAGGUUUCAACGCUGGUGGCAGGCCGUCUAGAGAAGCCUCACACUGGAUCAACCCGCAGUAUUACCUGAAGCUAGAGGACACUGAUGAGGACGAUGACAGUCUUUGCAGUGUGCUGAUCCAGCUGAUGCAAGUGGACCGUCGCAAGUUGAAACAGAAAGGGGAGAAGUUUCUGUCUAUUGGCUUCAACAUUUACCAGUAUGAGAAAGGAUAUCCGCUGCCUGUAAAGAAGGACUUCUUUGACUACCACCAAGUCAUCGCCAACUCUGGAGCAUACAUCAAUGUCCGCCAGGUUACCAAACGCCUGGCCCUGGCUCCUGGAGAGUAUGUGUUUGUACCUAGCACAUGGGAAGCAGACGAGGAAGCAGAUUACUAUGUCCGGUUUUUCCUGGAGCGUGGCAACAUUGUUGAGUACUGCGAUGAGAAACCAGAGAAAGUGGAGAUAACUCCAACAGUUGUAUCUUCUGAAGCAAAACAACAGGAGGAAACAAUCAAGAACUUUUUCUACCGAGUAUCUGGAGAGGACAUGGAGGUUAACCCGUUUGAGUUGCGCAGUGCCAUUAACGAAGCUUCCAAAUCUGAUCGCUUACAUCAAGAUGUCAGUAUUGAUGCCUGUAAGGCAUUUGUCAGUUUGAUGGAUGUUGAUGGAAGUGGAAGGCUUGGCUUCCACGAGUUUCAGUUUCUGUGGAGUCAUUUAAGGAGUUGGAAG